UACAAAGAAUGGAUUGGUGUAAGGAAAUGGGAACUCCCAAUACUUGCAUCCAAUCCACUGCUUUUAAAUCCAUAAGGAUGAGUGAACAGGUGUACACUUCAGGAUGAAGGGUAGGGAAUCUGACCACAAGUUCGGUACUAGAACAGUGGGCCUCUUCCAUCGGUCCUUUUGUAUUGUCGGGGUGUGAACGCUUAAAGGGAAAGUUCACCCUUUUGUAAUUUGGGUGAACUGUCCCUUUAAUACAGUAAUGGAGAUAUCAUUGACUGUUUUGAGGGUUUGUGUGUCUGUGUUUUUACACACAAAUUCUCUGUGUUUCAGCGAGGAUGUUCACUACAAUCAUGACAACAGCAGACAUACAAGGUCAGUAUCUACUGCCUGCCUUGUGGAGACUUGGCAAUCACCAUGUGAUCUUAGUCCAUACAGAUAAUAAUAUGCCAUUUAGCAGACGCUUUUAUCCAAAGCGACUUACAGUCAUGUGUGCAUACAUUUUUACAUAUGGAUACAUUUUUACAGAUGUACUAGAGCUCAUCUCAUACCUUUGCUGAAACAAGGUUUUGGACCAAGUGCGUCCUCUACCCAACUCUAUGGCUUAGUCUGAUCAAUGCAAUAGAUCACUUUCUGAAAGUUCAACAGAAGUUUGAGGUUAUAAACAUUAGGAAGUGAGCCCACAGUGAUCAGUUUGUGGCCUUUGGUUCUUUGAUUCCUCCAGUUCUUACCCGGUUUGCGGUCUUGUCAUCGCUCAAUGGAUUUGUGCUGGCCAUGAUAUUCCACUACAGAAGAGAUGUCAAAAAAGUGGAAUGAGCUUUGGAGACGAGAGUCUGUCAGUCACCUGGGUUAUGCUCUUCAGGCACCAAACGGAAGAACACGGAAUGAAACAGGGAGGGACUAACUGGAAAAUGUUUUCUAUCAUGUGCCCUUAAUGAAUAUGUCCCUGACUUGUGAAACCACUAACAAUGUCUUACCCACUGGUCUUUUGGUCCCAGAACAUGGUAUUCGGGCAACCUAUAGAAAAAAAAGUCUUAACUUUUCCAAAGCAAAAUGAUGGGCAAUACAAGUACACACACAAUAAAGAAUAUUCUCCGUCUUAUCCAGUACAGUAUUUAUUCAGAUUCUCUGUUUUAUAGAGUACAGUAUAUAUUCAGAUUCUGUUUUAUAGAGUACAGUAUUUAUUCUGAUUCUCUGUCUUAUCCAGUACAGUAUUUAUUCAGAUUUUUUUAAACAAGCCAUGUAGUGGACAGGCAGUGAUACAGUACAAUACAGAACAUAAAUAUGAAAUAUAUUGUUACAGUUCUGUCUGAGGGUCAGCAUUGUUUACUGAAGCCUGCGAACUGAUGGCGAGAAGCUCCGGGGUGAAGACUCCACUAGGUACAGAUCUAGGAUCAGCUUCCCCUCCCCCAAUCCUAACCUUAACCAUUAGUGGGGUAAAUACAAAACUGACCCAGGAUCAGCGUCCAGGGGUAACUUCACCCCUAUACCAUUGGGGCGACUGCGGAAGAAUAUUCCCAUAUACAUGGUUCACAUUCGGUCAAAAAGACAAACACUUUAGCCUGUUUCCAGAUCCGUUUGUGCCGUCUUGCCCCUAUGGUUGGUGUUGUUGACAAGACAGCACAAACAGACCUGGGACCAGGAUACAAACACUUUACUCUGAUAAUGUAACAUGAUCUGAAUGAAGCAAUACACUCAACUAAGUAUCAAUUGUAGACUGAACUCAGAUAUCACUCUUUAAAAUUAUAUUUUUUAUACGUAGCCUAUCUUGUAACAUUACAGGGAAUAAGAUAUGUGCAGUGAAAUAUUUAGUUUUCGCAAAAAUAAAAAACUGUCACAUAUAUGUGGCAAUACACUGACAGAACAUUUAUUCCCCCCCCCCCCCCCACACACACACACACACACACACACACGCACACACAAUACAGACCCAUCUAAUAAUAUAGCUUAUGAGGAUCACCCAGGCAUGUAAAGACACAGGCAGAUAUAUGGAUGGGUCUGUAUGUAUUUCAUCAUGACAUUUAUAAAAUAAGGCAGUUUUAGAGCGACCUGCAAAGUAUUCAAUUUUCUCGAUCCAUGAAAUCAUGGGAUUGUACAAACUUGCUAUGACAUGCAUAGUGUAUGAAGCCUGGUCCCAGAUCUGUUUGUGCCGUCUUGCCAUUGGCGCGACAAUAGCACAGCAAUGGAGUUGGCAAGACAGCACAAACAGAUCUAAGGCCAGGCUAUACUGUAGAGGGCAAAAAGGUGAAACCAUUUGGUUUACUGAGACAUAUGCGAAUCCGACUGCAGUCCUUACAUGAAUGCAACGUUAACCUGAUCCUCUUCCCCUAAAAAAUCCGUACAUGCUUGGCGUUUUGCAAUCUUUGGUUGUAUCCAAAAUGGCACCCUAUUCUGGUCAAAUGUAGUGCACUAUAUAGGGAAUAGGGUGCCAUUUGAAACACUCCCUUUGUCUCCGAACAGGCAAAGUAGAUGUAUAUGUUCCACUGUGUGUUCAGCCUCCAGUCAGAGAGGAUUCACCACAUCUUUGUAUCAUAGAGGUAAACUGUGAAGAGAUAAAUAAAUAAGGCAUUUUGCUAGAUUAAGUUGGAUUAUUCACAUAACUGUGUGCGUGCAAACACAUACAGACACCAAACAGCUAACAAAACACCAGCCAUCAACACAUACAGACACCAAACAGCUAACAAAACACCAGCCAUCAACACAUACAGACACCAAACAGCUAACAAAACACCAGCCAUCAACACAUACAGACACCAAACAGCUAACAAAACACCAGCCAUCAACACAUACAGACACCAAACAGCUAACAAAACACCAGCCAUCAACACAUACAGACACCAAACAGAUAACAAAACACCAGCCAUCAACACAUACAGACACCAAACAGCUAACAAAACACCAGCCAUCAACACAUACAGACACCAAACAGAUAACAAAACACCAGCCAUCAACACAUACAGACACCAAACAGCUAACAAAACACCAGCCAUCAACACAUACAGACACCAAACAGAUAACAAAACACCAGCCAUCAACACCACAGACACCAAAACAGCUAACAAAACACCAGCCAUCAUCAACACGAUACCAGAUACCAAACAGCUAACAAAACACCAGCCAUCAACACAUACAGACACCAAACAUGCUAACAAAACACCAGCCAUCAACACAUACAGACACCAAACAGCUAACAAAACACCAGCAUCAACACAUACAGACACCAAACAGCUAACAAAACACCAGCCAUCAACACAUACGACACCCAAACAGCUAACAAAACACCAGCCAUCAACACAUACAGACACCAAACAGCUAACAAAACACCAGCCAUCAACACCACAGACACCAAACGCUAACAAAACACCAGCCAUCAACACAUACAGACACCAAACAGCUAACCAAAACACAGCCAUCAACACCACAGACACCAAACAGAUAACAAAACACCAGCCAUCAACACAUACAGAUACCAAACAGCUAACAAAACACCAGCCAUCAACACUACAGACACCAAACAGCUAACAAAACACCAGCCAUCAACACAACGGACACAGAUACCAAACAGCUAACAAAACACCAGCCAUCAACACCACAGACACCAAACAGCUAACAAAACACCAGCCAUCAACACAUACAGACACCAAACAGCUAACAAAACACCAGCCAUCAACACAACGGACACAGAUACCAAACAGCUAACAAAACAACAGCCAUCAACACCACAGACACCAAACAGCUAACAAAACACCAGCCAUCAACACCACAGACACCAAACAGAUAACAAAACACCAGCCAUCAACACCACAAACAAGCAGCACACAGCAUGCAAUUUAACAAAGAUUUGUCGAUCUUCUCUGACAAUUCAAACACACAUUAACACUGACUGUGGUGGGAUCUUCAGCAGAUAUCAUCAUCAUCAUAUUAUAGUGAAUGUCCAACUCAAAGUGACUGCAAUCAGAAAGUGCAAAGCUCUACACAACCCAACCAUUACUGGCAAUCAAUUAUGCAUAAUGCCCCUAUUGAAAUCACACAAAACAUGCAUAAUAUGAUGAUAAUGCCGGUAUGCCAUUUAGUAGACACUUUUAUACAGUACAGUGAGUGCAUACAUUUUUAGUCUAUGUGAUCCCUCCCAGAAUUGAACCUACGACUGAGGCAUCAUGCUCUUACCAAUGGAGCCACACAUGCAUCAGGCCUCAAGGCCUCCAACAAACUCCACACAAAAACUCAAUUUCCCAGCAGCCACUGCUGAAGUUACCCCUCACUUCCUCAGAAGCCGAACAUAUCAUUAUCAUCAUCGUCAUCCUCCACAUCCUCCAACGACCAACUCCAGUCCUUCAGGCUUUCAAAAUCAACAAGCAAUCUGAAACGGUAGAGGGAGUCGCCCUGGCGUCAACCCAUGGCCCGGAAGGGACUUGUAACAAUGUUACAAAGGCCUGUGAAGUCCAUGGCAGCAUUGAUGCACCAUGUUUUAGUCAGACACUACAGUGAGCAGUUGCCCAAUUCUCUACCAUUCUGCCCUAACUGUACACUUAUACACCUUCAUGGAUUGAAAAAGAAAAGACUGGUGUAAGAAAUAUGAUGCAAAACUCCCUAGUCCAGCACAUACGCACACCAAGAUAGAAUGGUAGAGCGUUGGGACAUAGGGUCAGCCCUGUAGAGUUACUUGAGAUGCAUGACAUGAGGCAGAGGGUGGAGGAUAAGUUGAAAGAGGGGGUGGUUAGUGGAGACGACAUGGCAGGCAGUGCAGCAGACAGACACACACAAUACUGACUGGGGUCUGCUACUUACAGUCUAGCAGAGUGAUUAGCACUAGUAUGAUGGGGGGGUCAAAGGUGAGGAGUCAAGGGUCAGUGGAGGAUGAUUCUGAGCAUGGGGCCAGCGCUAAGGGAAGUGGCCAGUGGAAGAGAGUGAGUUAGGAGCUAGUUGAGCAUGUGAGUAAAUGAGUUUUCCAGCAUUCUGAAGUUUUCGAUACCCUUCGUAUUUAUUGCUGAGGUGAACGAUGGACCUCACACUGAUGACACAAACAUGGCUUUGUUUAUUUGAGAAGGGUUAGUGUUGAGAAUCUCCAUUGAAAGUGUGUGUAAGUCCAGGACUAGGCAUAAUCUUUGUCCGGGAAACCGGCACACAUUAUGUGACUCAGUUUGGGAUAACUAUUGUCCAUAAAAGAUUCAAGCAGCACCAAGAACAUUAUGCCAAGAUUGCAGAUUAGUUUAUAAGUUAAGUUAGCUAAGUUACUUAUUAGCUCAUAAACUGGCAUGAAACUAAGCAAGAUAACUCUGGUCUAAAAGACAAGUAACCAUUAUGUGAUUACUGUGGAAAGUGCACUCCUACACUACACAACAUUUUUCCAAAUCCUUCAAAAGCGCUUGAUUGAGCUUGCCGAUCUGGCUUUUCAGACAGGCUCAAGCAAACGUUCAAAGUAUUUGAAAGAUUUCCAAUCCUAGUUAAACCCAUGUCUGAAACCCCAUCCAUAGUCUCACCUGGGCUUCCCUGCAGGCUGAGUCUGCUGGCGGCUGGGCUGGAUCUUGAUAGCUCCACGGUAGGAAAGGCUAGGGGUGUUGCGGGGGGAGGAGUGGGGGGAGGAGUGGGGGGAGGAGUGGGGGGAGAGUUGGGGGAUGUUGCGGGGGGAGGCAUGUGGGGAGAGUCGGGGGGAGGAGCGAGAGGGUGGCUCGGGGGCUUGGGCAGCGGAGGCUGCAGUAGGGGCGGGGCCAGGGGCGGGGUGUUUCCGGGGGAUGCGUUUGAUUAGCUGGCUGACCCAUCUCUUCUGCUCUGUCUGAGAGCCGGCCAAUAGGAGCAGGUCUUUGGCCGUGGACAUGUCGUAGUUUACUGAGGAGGGACGAGGGUUAAGGUUACUCAAUACACUCUAAAACAGGUAGAAGAAAAAAAAAAAACUGUCAUAAAUAGGUACUAUUAUGAACUGUGCUAUAUAUUGGUUAACAAUACUAAUAGGGACUAACAUUCUAAAGACUGUUUAAUUUUUUUUUUAUUCAACCCUUCCCUCCUCUAACCCUAGCAGACCAGGGUUAAAAUAAUAUUUGAAAUCAAUGUUUUAUUGAGCUUGCCUGGCGGUAUGGGACCAAUGGAAUAGUCCCAAAAGUGCAAACCCCGCCCAUCUGGCGCUCAAAGCAGGCUCGGGCAAAUGCUCAAUAUUUGUUUGGGUUGUUGAAAGAUUUCAAACAGUAUUUGAACCCCGGCCCCCCCAGAUGUGACCUUUGCCCUCUACUGACCCCUGCAGGGGGCGAUGACCUCCUCCUUCCGGUCUAGGUGGUCCUUGUGGCACUUGGUGUGGCAGCGGCGGCAUUCCAGUGCGGGCGGCGGCUUGAACACGUUCCAAAGGGGCCGCGUGCACGCCUCGCAGCUCGACGGCAGGUGGUAG